AUGGGCCCCGUGGGCAGACAGAGCCCCGCCUCCCUGCCGGUCCCCACGGGAGGGUCUUGCCUCCUCCUCCUCUUCUGCCUGCGGUUGGGCGCCUCUUGCCCGCAGAGCUGCCAGUGCCCUGACCACGCUGGGGCCGUGGCCGUCCACUGCAGUGGGAGGGGCCUGCAGGAGAUCCCCAAGGACAUCCCCGCUGACACCGUGCUCCUGAAGCUUGACGCCAACAAGAUUGCCCGCAUCCCCAACGGGGCCUUCCAGCACCUGAACCAGCUGCGAGAGCUGGACCUGUCUCAGAACGCCAUCGAGACCAUCGGCCCCGCGGCCUUCUCGGGCCUGGCCGGGGGCCUGCGGCUGCUGGACCUGUCCCACAAUCGCAUCCGCAGGAUCCCCAAGGACGCCCUGGGCAAGCUCAGCGCCAAGAUCCGCCUGUCCCACAACCCCCUGCACUGCGAGUGCGCCCUGCAGGAGGCGCUGUGGGAGCUGAAGCUGGACCCUGACUCGGUGGACGAGAUCGCCUGCCACACCUCGGUGCAGGAGGAGUACGUGGGCAAGCCGUUGAUCCAGGCUCUGGACUCUGGCGUCAGCUUCUGCAGCGUCCACCACAAGACCACCGACGUGGCCAUGCUGGUCACCAUGUUUGGCUGGUUCGCCAUGGUGAUCACCUACAUCGUGUACUACGUGCGCCAGAACCAGGAGGACGCCAGGAGGCACCUGGAGUACCUGAAGUCCCUGCCCAGCACCCCUGUGUCCAAGGACCCCAUCAGCCCUGCGCCCUAGGGCCCACUGGCUCGAGCAGGCCGAAGCCCACCUGCCUCCCGUCACUUUUGUAGCAGAUGGUGACCGAGUCCUGCCUUUGAUGUUCCCCCGGUGAGGUGGUGACACGGCUGCUUCUGUCCAGUGUUUCGCUCCUACAGAGCACUGUCCAUAGGGCAUCUAGUUGCUGCAACACCUCCAGGCCCAGGUCGUCCUGCGCUGUGGAGCUGGUUUGCCUUCGCUGCCCCAGUGUUUCCUGAACACAUCUAACUGCAUGGUUCCUUCCAGAGCCAAGUGGUAGAGACAGGGUUUUUCUAGGGAGGUAAGUGGACCAUGUAACCUUUGAACAACUUUGUUUAUUCUCAGAAUGUUUGUUAAGAGUAACACGUACCAAAAUUUCAGUUCAGCGAGAAGGAAAAACAGAAACCCAAAACCAAAAAAAGUUAACCAUGGAGAGGACCUGAGAAAGGUCCAGAGUGGCUCAUCGGGGGCCGUGAUCGCAGCCAGACGAGUGUGGCCCUGCCCCAUUCCUGCCCCGCCGGCUCUGCCCCGCCCGGGGAGCCCGUCAUCUUGGGUCGCGACGUGCCUUGCUUUUCUACUCCCUGAGCAGCUCCUUUCCAGUGGACAGGAGGACCCAUGUCUGACGUUUCAAGGCUGAUCAGCGGGCUGCUUCCUUGCCUCCAGGAGCAGGGACUCUCUCUCUCCUUCUCAGCUUUGCUGCCAGGAAUCCCAGAGCUACUUUUCUGCUCCGUUUUCUUACCUAAUUCACGUUCAGGGUAGACUUUACCUUCACCCAUGUUACCCUGAUCUGUCUUUCCAGUUUUAUUUUUUACGGUCUUUUUUAUGAGUGUUUAUAUUUUAAACUACUUCAGAUAUUUAGGGGGGACGCAAGAUAGGGGUACAUUGCUCAUGGAUCUAAAGUGUAAAGGACAGAUGCUUAGAAAGGGUAAAGGCGGAGGGAGGCUUGUACUUGGAAAGCGUCGUGUGACCGGCAGCGGGAAACACAUUUAUGCGCUGACCCGGAGACGCCGCGCGCAGCCGUGGGACCCGCAGCUGCGGCAGAGACCUGAAAGGCACAGCGCAACAAGGUCAUGGUUUUUCAGUUGGUGCAUUAAAAAGAAACGACCAACAGAUGCCAGUACCCCCCACACCCCACUUGGGUGCGUGAACGGGGGGCUCUGUGCUGCAAGAGUGCGGUGGGCGCUUCUCUGCCCGCCACCCAGACCAGUGGCGCGGGCGUGGGAGGCAGGGCCCAGACGAGGCUGCAAACGAUGGCAUCCUCAGGAAACCGACGUGCCCCCCCCUCCCCAGGAGAACUAGAGCCAGGCGGCCAGCCGGGCGCCGGUCCACGUGUGGGACAGACGCCGUGGGGGCAGGUAAGUGUGGCUGCCGGCUGCCCCGCGGGACACGGGCUCCAUGGGUGAAUUGGGCCCCACGUCCCUAUCCAUCGGGGUGCGCAUGUGGGGAGAGGGGUCCUGCCACACAAGGAGCCCACCCGGCGGGUUUGCCCGAUGGACGUGACCCUGAGUCCCUGGGUCAGGGGAAGAGAGCGG